AAACGUGGUCGGAUCCGGGGCUAGCAAUACAGCCGAAUAAUUGGGUCCAAAAACCCAACUAAAAUUUAUCGGGUUCGGGUCCGAAAAUCCAUCCCUGCUUCCCACAAUCUUAUUCCAUCUCCUCAUCGAAAAACACUUGGUAAUUACGGCGAGGAGGAGCUCCCCCGCCCAAACCUCAGCUAUGCCCUUAAACCCUAAAAACCCUAAAUGUCAAAUUUUCCCCUAAUCCCCCAAAUCAAAUGCCACACAAACCCAUCACAUAGGGCAGCCAAUGAACCUCUAUUCAAGACCUCCAAAACCUUUAUCACUACCCAUUUCUUAUUUCAAGGUACGUUUUCUAUCCACCAUUCAGUCUACUGUUAAUUCAGUUGCUGUCACUCCUUACAAAGACCUCAUCUUCGCCACUAUUCGAGACAAGCCGCGUGCUUUCACCAAUCCAAAUUGGGUUUCUACUCAUUUCAGUUCUGUGAUUACGGACACCAACUUGCUUAUUCGUGUUCUUCGGUCGAUUCGGGAGAAACCCGCCAUUGCUCUGAGGUUUUUCAGGUGCGUAUUGACCCAACCUGGCUUUAGAACCUCUGAGUUUGUGUUUUGUGUGAUUCUUGAGAUUUUGAUGGAUGGUCAUUUGCUUAAAUCUGCUUAUUGGGUUGUUGAGAAAACUAUUGGAUUUGAAAUGUUUGGUAUUGUUGAUGUUUUGAUUGGUGGGUAUUUGGAUCGUCGAGUUUCGCUUAGUAUUCUUGAUCUUUUGAUGUGGGUUUAUACGAAAGAAUGUAUGGUUGAGGAGUGUUUGUUGGUUUUUGAUAAGAUGGUGAGGAACGGGUUGUUGCCGGAUGUGAAGAAUUGGAAUAGGGUUCUUAGGAUACUUAGGGAUAGAAAUCGUUUAGUUAAAGCUAAGGAAGUUUACAAAAUGAUGGGUGACUGUGGUAUUAGGCCGACUAUUAUUACUUAUAAUACAAUGCUGGGUUCCUUUUGUAAGGAAGGGGAAUUGCAGCAAGCGUUGGACCUUGUUUUGGAAAUGCACGAAAGAGGAUGUUAUCCGAGUGAUGUAACAUAUAACAUGUUAAUUAAUGGGUUGUCGAAGAAAGGGGAAUUACAGCGUGCUAAGGGAUUGAUUGGGGAGAUGUUGAAAGCCGGAUUAAGAGUUUCACCAUACACCUAUAAUCCUUUGAUUUAUGGCUAUUGCAAAAAAGGGUUGCUUGCGGAAGCAUUAGCCCUUUGCGAAGAGAUGGUAGCUAGAGGGGUGUCUCCUACGGUGGCAACUCAUAACACAGUUAUUUAUGGCCUUUGCAAGGGAGGGAAAAUGAACGAUGCUAGACAGCGGUUGAUAGAUAUGUUAAAGAUGAAUAUGAUGCCCGAUGUAGUUUCGUACAAUACUUUAAUUUAUGGGUAUUGUAGGUUGGGGAACAUACAUGAGGCCUUUCUUCUGCUGGACGAAUUAAGAUUUCAUCAAAAUCUAUGUCCUACCGUUAUCACGUAUAAUACUCUUAUAGAUGGACUCUGCAGACUAGGGUACUUGGACGAUGCUCAAAAGCUCAAAGAAGAUAUGUUCAAUUGUGGGAUUCGUCCUGAUGUUUUUACUUACACAAUUUUGGUAAAUGGGUCUUGCAAAUUGGGAGAUCUGUCAAUGGCUAAGGAAUUUUUUGAUGAGAUGCUGCAUGCGGGUUUGGCUCCAGAUCGAUUUGCGUAUACAACUAGAAUAGUAGGUGAAUUGAAGCUUGGUGAUGCAGACAACGCAUUUAAAUUGAAAGAAGAAAUGCUAGCAAAUGGUUUUCCACCAGAUGUUAUCAUCUAUAAUGUCUUUGUGCACGGGCUUUGUAAAUUGGGCAAUUUAGAAGAGGCGGGUGAAUUGUUGCAGAAGAUGAUGGAUGAUGGCCACACUCCUGAUCAUGUGACAUAUACUAGCAUUAUACAUGCUCACUUGGAGAAUGGGUAUCUCAGAAAAGGAAGAGAGGUAUUCUACGAUAUGCUGAGCAAAGGACAAGCCCCUACAGUAGUUACAUACACUGUAUUGAUUCACGCCCAUGCAUUAAAUGGGAGGUUAGGGUGGGCGAUUAAGUUUUUCUCGGAGAUGCAGGAGGAAGGAGUUAUCCCGAAUGUAAUCACCUAUAAUGUCCUCAUAAAUGGUUUUUGCAAAGUUAGGAGAAUGGAUGUGGCAUACAAGUUUUUCAUGGAAAUGCAGGAAAAUGGAAUCGUCCCUAAUAAGUAUACCUACACUAUAUUAAUAAAUGAGAACUGCAACAUGGGAAAUUGGCAGCAGGCCUUGAGAUUAUAUGCACAGAUGCUGGAUAAAAAGAUUCAACCAGAUUCUUGUACGCACAGUGCAUUGUUAAAACAACUAGACAAAGAUUAUAAAGCGCAAGCAGUUCAGUUUAUUGAGAGUUUAAUUCAAGACAAUGAUAAAACUAUUCAUUCGAACACUUGAUCCGCCUUUGACAAAGUGGUCUGGGUUUCAUAGGUGGCUGGCACAAGUGCAGCAGACCUGUCUCCUCAACCUCUUAUGCAGCAAUCGAUAUAUUUUCUAAAAUGAUUCAUCAAAUGGAUAUGGCAUGCAAUUGCUGAUUUGACUGUGUAUCGGUUCAGGGUUGGUAAUCUUUGAAUCCAUACCUGUGUUCACUAAUUGAUAAUUUGCUGCAAGUCGUAAUAUAUAGAUCCUCAUUUCAACUUGUUACAUCAGACGCUGAAAUAAGCUGCAAGAUUGACUACAUUAUACAGAUGAAAUUCAAGUGUAUAUCAGGUUAUUCCUGAUGAUUCUUUCACCAAAUAAUUUGCAUUUGUUCAUUCUUUUCAAAUUUUGAGGAAUAAUAAAGGGGAGCUGGGAUACAAUUUCUUUUGCAAAGAUGUAAGCAUUUGUAUCAACCAUCAAGGUAAAAUUUUGCUCCGAAUCCACUUUUUUGGAAGCUCUAUCUCCUAAGCUUGUGUACCCUUCACUACUUUAAAUUCUAUAGUUCUGUGACUGAAGCAUCUUUAUGUUCAGACAACACCACCUUGAUUUUGUAUAGCUAACAGAAAACAGUUGUUAUUUGAAUUUGAAAUGCUAAAGAGAAAGGGGGUACUGGAGAAAAUACAUAUUUAAUUCAUUAUAACGAAGAGUAAUUCUUUUGCUCA